GAGCUGCAGUACAUGGUUGAAGAAUAAGUAUAGGCACUUAAUGAGCACUGAAAAAUUAUUUUGGACAAUUUAAAUUUCUCUGCUUUAUUUCAUUUCAUUAAGUCAUAACUGUUUGGUUGUUCAAAGUGAAAACAAUUUAAAGAGGUAAAAAAGGAAUUUUGCUCUGUUUAAACAGUCAUGGGAGGGAGCGGGUCUUCAAAACCAUCUCCUCAGCCCGACCCACCUCCACCACCCUCUCCGCUUUUAGAAACUCCAUGGAGAGACAUAUCUUGGGGAGGCAAUAAGCAAGCUCUUCAUUACUUAAAGAGGUUUCAGCCUCAAAAUGACGAGGUAGAACAUAUCAGAGUUUUGCUCUACGGACCAGUCGGUGCGGGAAAGUCCAGCUUCAUCAACUCUGUCAACAAUGUUUUCCAAGAGAGAAUGACCAAUCAAGCUUUGGCCAGUGCCAGAACUGCUGAUCAAAGUUUCACCAAGAAGUAUGUAGCCUAUAAAAUCCAGAAAGAAGGAAGAGGAAACUUUUAUCCCUUUGUGUUCAACGAUAUCAUGGGUCUGGAGGAUGGAGAUGGAAGAGGAGUCAGAGCAGAUGACCUCAAACUGGCCUUAAAGGGACAUGUGAAGGAGGGUUAUAGGUUCAAUCCUUCAUCUUCCCUUUCUGCUGGUGAUCCUUGCUACAACUCCUCCCCAUCCAUCAGUGACAGGGUCCAUGUUCUGGUUUGCAUUCAUGAUGCUAAUGCACCAGAGAUGAAGUCCUCUGUUCUACAGAAAAUGAAGGAAAUCAGAGAAGCAGCCAGUGAUCUGGGUAUUCCUCAGUUGGCGAUUCUCACCCACAUUGAUGAAGCCUGUGGUGAAACGGAAAAAAACCUGAGAAACGUCUACAAGAGCAAACAUUUAAAGAAGAAGAUGGGUGACUUCAGCUCCAGCCUGGGGAUUCCAAUGAACUGCAUUCUCCCUGUGAAGAACUACAGUAAAGAGAUUCAGCUCAAUCAGGAUGUUGACACUCUAAUCCUGAGUGCACUGACACCAAUGAUUGACUUCGGAGACGACUACGCUGCAAAACUGUAAAGCCAUAGAACAGUGUGUUUA